GCCGCGGCACCCCCCUCUCGCUCACCAGCUCUCCACCAAGAGCUACCUAACGAUUUGGUUUAAUUAUCACGCGUACAUCCACACGUAUAGAGGAGAGACCUUCGCUUUUCCGUUACUCCUUCGCUUUACUGUUCUACCCAGAUCUGCCUGCCUGCCUGCGCCGCGGCGGCUGAGAGCUCUUCGAUCGAUCGCAAGAUGAAGAUCACGGUGCGGGGGUCGACGGUGGUGCGGCCGGCGGAGGAGACGCCGCGGAUGCGGCUGUGGAACGCUAACCCGGACCUGGUGGUGCCGCGGUUCCACACGCCCAGCGUCUACUUCUACCGGCGCGACGCGGCGGUUGAGGUCGGGUGCUACUUCGACGCGGAGAGGAUGCGGCGGGCGCUGGCGGAGGCGCUGGUGCCCUUCUACCCCAUGGCGGGGCGGCUGGCCCGUGACGAGGACGGGCGCGUGGAGAUCGACUGCAACGCGGAAGGGGUGCUCUUCGUGGAGGCCGACGCGCCCGACGGCACCGUCGACGACUACGGCGACUUCGCCCCCACGAUGGAGCUCAAGCGACUCAUCCCCGCCAUCGACUUCACCGGCGGCAUCUCCUCCUACCCGCUCCUCGUGGUCCAGGUGACACACUUUAAGUGCGGGGGCGUGGCCCUGGGCAUCGGCAUGCAGCACCACGUCGCCGACGGCUUCUCGGGCCUCCACUUCAUCAACUCGUGGGCCGACCUGUGCCGCGGCGUCCCGAUCGCCGUCAUGCCGUUCAUCGACCGCACCCUGCUCCGGGCCCACGACCCGCCGACCCCGGCCCACCCGCACAUCGAGUACCAGCCCGCGCCCGCCAUGCUGGACUCGGAGCCGCCGCAGGCCAUCCUCGCGGGCGCCAAGCCGGACCAACCCCCCGCGGCCGUGGACAUCUUCAAGCUCUCCCGCUCCGACCUGGGCCGCCUCCGCGCCCAGCUCCCCACGGGGGAAGGCGCGCCCCGGUUCAGCACCUACGCGGUGCUCGGCGCGCACGUGUGGCGUUGCGCGUCGCUGGCCCGCGGGCUGGCGCCCGAGCAGCCGACGAAGCUGUACUGCGCCACGGACGGGCGCCAGCGGCUGCUGCCGCCGCUCCCGGAGGGUUACUUCGGCAACGUCAUCUUCACGGCCACGCCGCUCGCCGAGGCCGGCAAGGUGAUCGCCUCGCUGGCGGACGGCGCGAACACGAUCCAGGCCGCGCUGGAGAGGAUGGACAACGAGUACUGCCGCUCGGCGCUGGACUACCUGGAGCUGCAGCCGGACCUGUCGGCGCUGGUCCGGGGCGCGCACACGUUCCGGUGCCCCAACCUCGGGCUCACCAGCUGGGUGCGCCUGCCCAUCCACGAAGCCGACUUCGGCUGGGGCCGCCCUGUCUUCAUGGGCCCCGGCGGCAUCGCCUACGAGGGCCUCGCCUUCGUGCUCCCCAGCGCCAGCCGCGACGGCAGCCUGUCCGUGGCCAUCUCGCUGCAGGCCGAGCACAUGGAGAAGUUCCGGAAGAUGAUCUUCGACUUCUGAAACAACGAACCAACAAACAGCACACGACACAAGGAUGAAGGACGGCACCGGAUCAGCACAAGGCAGCAGGGGCGAUGUGUCACGACCUUUACUAGGAUGCAGCAAAUGAUUCUUUGAUUCCAAACCGUAGUUCCUGCACAUUUUCCCUUCCUUCUUGCCAGUUUGGGCAUGACCAGGACGCGCUUUGUGCAUCUUAUCAAAUUUCAACAAGUGUAAUUUCUAUGAUGAAUGGUUAAUGCAUGCAAAAUGUGAACAAUACAGAACCAAUAAGUUGUUUUGUUUUUCUAUUUACUUA